AAAGUUUGAAUUUUAAUCUGAGUGGCAAUAGUAAUGAGUAGAAGAUACGACUCAAGAACAACGAUUUUUUCGCCUGAAGGCAGAUUGUACCAGGUGGAGUAUGCUCAAGAGUCCAUCUCUAUGGCAGGAACUGCGAUGGGGAUUUUAACCAAAGAAGGAGUGGUAUUGGCGUGUGAGAAGAAGUUCACCUCCAAGUUGUUGGAUAACGAUGGACUGGCAGAAAAGUUAUACAUUAUAAAUGACAGAAUGGUGGCGGCAGUGGCAGGAAUGACCUCCGACGCUAGCAUCUUGGUCAACAGAGCCCGGUAUUUUGGACAACAAUACUUGAAGACCUAUAAUGAACCGGUUCCUUGUGAGACCUUGAUUAAGAGCAUUUGUGAUGUUAAACAGGGUUACACCCAGCACGGGGGAUUAAGACCAUUUGGUGUCAGUUUCUUAUAUGCGGGAUAUGAUGACAGAUACGAGUUCCAACUAUACAUGUCGAAUCCUUCUGGUAACUAUAGUGGAUGGAAAGCCACCAGUAUCGGAGCCAAUAACUCGGCCGCCCAAACAUUGUUGAAAAAAGACUACAAAGAUGACUUGACCUUGAAAGAAGGGUGUGAGUUGGCCAUCAAGAUCUUGCUGAAGACCAUGGACUCGUCCACCAUAAACUCCGAUAAGUUGGAGUUUGCUACCUUGUCGAAGAAGGGAGAUAAAAUCAUCCAUAAAAUCUGGAGUGAUAAUGACAUCCAGUUGUUGAUCAAAGACACUGGGGUUUUAGAUAAAGAAGAUGACGAGUAGUUAAGAAUACAUAUUGACCCGUGC